AUGGAGCCCCUCCAAGGGAAGGAGAGCAACGGCGCCGUUCCUGACUGCAAUGGGGCUGCUGCCCCCCCUGCGAAGCAGCAGCUGCCUGAAGGGACGGACGCCCUUCGGUAUGCCAACAUCCUCCGGUCACGCAACAAAUUUGCUGAUGCUCUCCAGUUGUACAGUACCGUUCUUGACAAGGAUGGAACCAAUGUGGAGGCCCUUAUCGGAAAAGGGAUCUGCCUCCAGGCCCAGAGCCUGCCAAGGCAGGCCUUGGAUUGCUUCACCGAGGCUGUCAAGGUCGAUCCCAAGAAUGCGUGUGCUCUCACGCAUUGUGGGAUGAUAUACAAAGACGAGGGUCACCUAGUUGAGGCCGCAGAGGCAUAUCAAAAAGCUCGAAGUGCGGAUCCUUCCUAUAAAGCUGCUGCGGAAUUUCUUGCUAUAGUUUUGACCGAUCUUGGAACUAGCUUGAAGCUUGCAGGCAAUACAGAAGAUGGGAUUCAAAAAUAUUGUGAAGCUCUUGAAGUGGAUAGCCACUAUGCGCCUGCUUAUUACAACCUUGGGGUGGUUUAUUCAGAGAUGAUGCAGUUUGACGUAGCUCUUACUUGUUAUGAAAAAGCUGCAUUGGAGAGACCAUUGUAUGCUGAAGCUUAUUGCAAUAUGGGGGUUAUUUACAAGAAUCGGGGAGAGCUAGACGCAGCAAUUGCCUGCUACGACAGGUGCUUGACUAUUUCCCCCAACUUUGAGAUUGCUAAGAAUAACAUGGCAAUAGCACUAACCGACUUGGGUACAAAGGUUAAAAUUGAAGGUGACAUCAAUCAAGGUGUGGCAUAUUACAAGAAAGCUCUGUUCUAUAAUUGGCACUAUGCUGAUGCAAUGUAUAAUCUUGGUGUUGCAUAUGGUGAAAUGUUGAAUUUUGAGAUGGCUAUUGUUUUUUAUGAACUUGCUCUGCACUUCAACCCUCGCUGUGCGGAGGCAUGCAACAACCUGGGAGUAAUAUACAAGGAUAGGGAUAAUCUCGACAAAGCUGUUGAAUGUUAUCAAAUGGCCUUGUCAAUUAAGCCAAAUUUCUCCCAGUCAUUGAAUAACCUUGGAGUUGUCUAUACAGUUCAGGGCAAGAUGGAUGCUGCUGCAAGCAUGAUUGAGAAGGCCAUACUUGCAAAUCCCACUUAUGCUGAAGCAUACAAUAACUUAGGCGUUUGCGAAGUGACUGACAGUUCACCACUACCUGUCAUAGGUGUUCUUUACAGAGAUGCUGGAAGUAUUACGUUAUCUGUACAGGCAUAUGAAAGAUGCCUGCAAAUUGAUCCUGAUUCACGAAAUGCCGGUCAGAACAACUCUUUGCAGAACCGUUUGCUUGCCAUGAACUAUAUUGACGAGGGCUCAGAUGACAGGCUUUAUGAUGCUCACAGGGAAUGGGGAAAGCGCUUUAUGAAAUUGUAUGCACAGUAUACUAGUUGGGAUAACAUAAGAGUCGCUGAUCGUCCACUGGUCAUUGGUUAUGUGUCUCCUGAUUUUUUUACUCACUCCGUGUCUUACUUCGUUGAAGCCCCCCUUACACACCAUGAUUACACAAAUUGCAAGGUGGUCGUCUAUUCUGGUGUUGUGAAGGCAGAUGCCAAGACCCUUCGAUUCAAGGAUAAGGUGUUAAAAAAGGGCGGGGUCUGGAGAGAUAUAUAUGGUAUUGAUGAAAAGAAGGUUGCUACCUUGGUCAGAGAGGAUAAAGUGGAUAUACUUGUGGAACUUACUGGUCAUACAGCAAAUAAUAAACUAGGAACAAUGGCGUGCCGCCCUGCUCCUAUUCAGGUUACAUGGAUUGGUUACCCUAAUACGACAGGUUUACCAGCAAUUGACUACAGAAUAACAGAUUCAUUGGCUGAUUCUCCUAAUACAAACCAAAGGCAUGUUGAAGAGUUGGUGCGCCUUCCUGAAAGUUUUCUUUGUUACACUCCUUCUCCAGAAGCUGGGCCGAUCACACCGAAAGUUAUGCAAGUUUGGGCCAGAAUAUUAUGUGCAGUCCCUAACUCACGGCUUGUGGUUAAGUGCAAGCCAUUCUGCUGUGACAGUAUAAGACAGAAAUUUUUAUCGACACUUGAGGAGUUGGGUUUGGAGUCACUACGAGUUGAUUUACUACCACUCAUCCAUCUCAACCAUGACCACAUGCAAGCAUAUUCCUUAAUGGACAUCAGCCUAGAUACGUUUCCAUAUGCUGGGACUACCACUACAUGUGAAUCUCUUUACAUGGGGGUUCCAUGUGUUACAAUGGCUGGUUCAGUUCAUGCUCAUAAUGUUGGUGUUAGCCUACUCACUAAAGUUGGGUUGGGGAGGCUGGUUGCCAAAACGGAGGAUGAAUAUGUUAGCUUAGCAUUGGAGUUGGCAUCAGAUGUGAGUGCCUUAGAAGAACUGAGGAAGAGCCUCCGGGAACUGAUGAUAAAAUCACCAGUCUGUGACGGAGAGAGUUUCACACGUGGCCUGGAAUCUGCAUACCGAAGCAUGUGGCAUAGGUACUGUGAUGGGGAUUCACCAGCUCUCAGGCGCUUAGAAGUGUUGGCGGGCGAAGACUUGGACAAGACGGCUGUGAAACUUGCAGAUCUUAAAGCACAGAGAGUGAAUGCUACUGCUGAGGAAGAUAAUCAGUCCCCGCUAAAGAAGGCUGACGCCACGUCCAAGGGAGGCGAGCCCCAAAUAAUGGUGAACGAUGUGAGUUCUCCUGAAGGUAACCAGGCCCUCGUAACGGCGAAAGCGAAGCCCCAAAUAAUGGUGAAUGGUGGGAGUUCACCUCACUCCCCUUCGGUGAGAUGCGAAGCAAAUGGAAGAGGGUUUCGGGGAAAGAAGUGGGAGAAGGAGAGGCGAAGAAGGAGGCAUACAUAA